UGUCAGCCCGCGGACUGCGAAAGAGGGCGUCGGCGCCAAGAAGAGGACCUUGAAGAUGUUUCACUUCUCUUUCAUGUCUCUUUUGGAAAGCGCUACGCUAAAAGCUUUGAUUUCCACCGUGCCACACCACAGUCAGGUGGCUUUCAUACAUGGUACAUGAGACGACUUCCUGUUCUUGGUGUCGCCGCUGAAAUCAAGCUUCCUGUCACCCAACGUUAAGGUAAAGUCAGCCUCGUUCGGCGUGACAUCACUCUCACUUGACUCGGGCAGAGGCGAGGUUUUUCGGCUUUGGGGAACAAAUCCAGGAAGCUGCGUCAACAGAUAAGACACCAAACGUGACUUGUGUAUGGUGUUGGGUGGCACACAUGGAGGGUCUGUGUGGUCUCUGGACCCUGCUGCUGUGGGCUACUAUCAGGUCUUCGGCCUCCUUUACUACUCCCGUUCCUUCAAAGGAGGCCUCACGCACAACCUUUUCAAACAGCAACCCAUUCAUUUGGCCAUCCCCAAACACCCUUCAGAUCUCAAAUGAAGUGCCAAAUACGACUGCAGCCUCUCCACCAACCCAGUGCUCCUACAAUGUUACAAACAUCAAGUAUGGCUUCAGGUUUGACAUUGCCAGCUCUCUCCCUGGCUCAUACACAAUCGUUUUGACUGAAAAUGCCAUGCCGGUGACCAGCUCGCUGGUGAAUGCCUCCACCGAGACAUCAGUCGAAAUCCCAAAUCUAAAGCCGUGCACUGCAUAUGAGCAUGGAGUUGAAUAUCUUGCAGAUGAUGGCAAGAGAGAAUCUUGUAUCUUAAGCAACGGUGUUCCGAAUCCAUCCUUGACAGACCCAAUAAGCGAAGAGGAAAUCACUGUUUGCAAUGUCUGUCAUCCGGCCACUAAUCAAUGGGAUCUCAGCACAUCGCAAUUACUUCCAAAAAAUGCUCGUUUAGAGCCAUGUGACGGGAAAGUGUGCAUCAGACCGCCCUACAAUGACAUUUGCUCUCAUCUCACAAUGAAGUUCAUUUGUGGAAGUGGACAACAAAAUGUCCACAACCUAACGAGGUUCAUCCAUGCAGGUGCCCUUUCUAGAUUUGCAGAGGAAAAUUCAAUACCGCAGUAUACUCCCUCUACACUUCCUGCAAACAUCACAGCUGAUUUACCUCCCAAAUGCACCAAUCUCUCUGUUGUUUACUCCUGUCAAGCUGGUGGAAAACUCAGGAAUGUUUCGGAUCUGGAACCCUUCACAAACUACAACUGCACCGGUCGGAUCAAUGAGGGUGAUGUCAUCAGAGUAACCCUGUCACCGAUCUCUUUCGAGAUUAAUUGUGAUCUUAAAAUCACAACGAUGACAAACACGACUAAUACCACCAUUUCACUGAAAUGGACAACAGCAAGUGAGAAAUGCAGUGAUGUCAUACCUCACCUCGAUCGGCUCUCAUAUAAAUGUAUCUGUCAAUCUCGAAAAGGAGGACCGAUGCAAAGAAUGGUUUUUUCAGGUGUUUUUGGCUGUAAAUUUGACGGCUUAGCUCCGUUUACUGAUUAUAUCUGUGAAAUCCAACCCAUGUACGGGGAUAAGACUGUUGGUCAAGCAAGUAAAAAUGCCUUGACUACUGACGUUGGAGUGCCAGAAGGCAUCACUGCUCUCCAAGCAGUUGUUGUAGACAAUAAUAAUAUUCAAGUGACCUGUGGCCAUUCAAAUCGUUUUAAUGGACGGAUGAAGAAAUUCAAAGCAAGACUUCAUCAGGGGAGUACACCCGUGGAACAGACAAAUACGGAAUGUAAAUUCUUUUUCAGAGACCUGAGCUAUUCUACGACCUAUAUAGCAGAGAUAUUUGUAUCCAACGAGCUCUUCGACAGUAAAAGCUGGGAACAAAGUGUAGGAACUUCUUACAAUGACAGAGCCCUUACAGGGUUUCUUAUCUUCCUCAUCAUUUUCACAUCUGUGGCACUACUUGUGGUCGUCUACAGGAUUUAUGUUGUGAAAUGCCGAAGGUUCCGAGACAUGAGUGAAGACAUUCCUCUAAUCGCCAGUGCAACUUCUGUGGAGCCAAUCGAAGCCAACAUCUUGCUAGAAGCAUACAAAAGGAAACUCGCUGAUGAGGGACGCCUUUUUCUGGCUGAGUUUCAGAGUAUCCCCAAAAUUUUUACCCGGUACACAGUGAGAGAGGCCAAGAAAAACUGCAACAUCCUCAAGAACCGUUAUGCGGACAUCCUGCCAUACGACUACAGCCGAGUCCACCUGAGCACAGGAAACGGAGAGGCCGGAUGCGACUACAUCAACGCCAGCUUCAUUGAUGGCUACAAGGAAUCCAAGAAGUACAUAGCAGCUCAAGGCCCAAAGGAGGAGACUGUCUGUGACUUCUGGAGGAUGAUCUGGGAGCAGCAGUCUUCUGUCAUCGUCAUGGUGACGCGCUGUGAAGAGGGAAACAAGAACAAGUGUGUGCAGUACUGGCCUUCUUUUGACCGCGAGACGGAGAUAUUUGAGGAGUUUGUUGUCAAGCUCAAUUCGGAGGAUCACUUCCCUGAUUAUUCUAUCCGCCGUCUUAACCUAACUAAUAGGAAAGACAACUCCGAGCGAGAGGUGACCCACAUCCAGUUCCUCAGUUGGCCCGACCACGGCGUACCGGAGGAGCCCUACCUCCUCCUGAAGCUCAGACGCCGCGUUAACGCCUUUAAAAAUGUUUUCAGCGGGCCCAUUGUCAUCCACUGCAGCGCCGGUGUGGGCAGGACGGGCACCUACAUCUGCAUUGACGCCAUGAUAGAGUGUUUGGAGGCUGAGAGAAAAGUGGACAUCUACGGAUACGUUUUCAAUCUCCGCAAACACAGAUGUCUCAUGGUUCAAGUGGAGGCCCAGUACAUCCUGAUUCACCAGGCCUUGUUGGAGCACAACCAGUUUGGAGAGACUGAAAUCUCACUGUCAGAACUCCACAGUGCAAUCACCAUACUUAAAGAGAGCUCUGCCGAUGAACCAACAUUACUGGAAGAUGAGUUCCAAAGACUUCCCAUCUACAAGUGGAAGACAUUCAACACCGGGAUCACAGAGGAGAACAAAAACAAGAAUCGCUGUUCAUCGAUCAUCCCAUAUGAUUACAACAGAGUGUUGCUGAGGCUGGAUGAAAAGCAGAAUCAGGAUAGCAGCCAUGGUGAAUGUCACGAGGAAGAGUCAUCUGAUAGCGAAGACGAUGAGGAGUCCACAAUAUACAUCAACGCCUCCAAUAUUCACGGCUACUGGGGCCCCCGCAACUUUAUCGUAGCACAGACUCCUCUGGCCAACACCGUCGGUGACUUUUGGUUGAUGGUUUACCAGAAGAAGAUAUCCACCAUCGUCAUGCUUUCAGGGGCGAGUCCUGAUGAAAAGGAAUCGGCGUACUGGGAUAUGGAGAACACUGGCGAUAUUGAGGUUGAGGUGACAUCUACAAACGCCUCUCCAAAUGUCAUCAAGCGUAACAUGUUGAUUCGUCACCUCAAGAGGAAAGAGAGUCGGGUGGUGAGGCACGUGCAGUUCCUGAAGUGGGACAAUAGUUUGCUGCCGGAAAAACCUCAAGAUCUGACUGACAUGAUUAAAGACAUCAGGCAAACUUGUGACUGCGGCAGGAAUCAAAAAGCCCCUCCAGUUGUGGUCCACUGCAGUGACGGCUCAUCACGUUGCGGUGUGUUCUGUGCUCUGUGGAACCUGCUCGACAGCGCUGAGACUGAAAAGGUCGUGGAUGUUUUCUACGUGACCCGAACCUUGAAGAAGGAGCGCCAGGGCAUGAUCACAAGUCUGGACCAGUACCAGUUUUUGUACGAUGCAAUGGACGCGGCCUAUCCUGUCCAGAACGGCGCAGUCAAAGCGCCCCGGACCUCUGAAAUGGACUCUGUCCAGUUAGUGGAUGAAUGCACAACAACGGGGCAGAAGAGUGAAGAGGCUUCAGAAAUAGCCUGCAUUACCGAGGUGGGCCAGCAAGGGAUGGCAGAGAGCGAUAAUGAGGCACUCCAGGUAAGGCAGGAUGAGAAAAAUGUGUACGAACAUGUAUCCAGCGUUCUCGCAGAGACCCCACUUGAGGACAGUGGCACUCAGGAGAUGUGAGAUUUGCAGCAAUACGUGCUUCCGUGUGGGACAGUCAUUGUGCCGGAUUUCAUUUUUUUAGAGGUCUUAGUCCAAACCUUCAGCUUUUUAGGGAUCUGUCCAAGUUAGAAGUGAGUAAUAUGAGGAACCCGCCAUCUUUUUAACAAUUAACACAUCUUUUCUUUUUGGAAUGCUUUGAGGUUUAAGAAUGAUGACAAACACAUCAAUGGUAAACCUACCACUAUUACGUCAGAAUAUCUCAAAAUAAUUGUCCAUACUUGAGUACAUCACUCCUUCGUUUUGAAAUUUACUUUAAACGUUUGUAUUUUUUUAUGUUACUGCAUUCAUGACUAUAGUAUGUUCCUACAGAUUUUUCAAACUGGUCCUCAAUGUCCAAUAUUGUCUCUGCUAUCAUGCCUAUUGUUUGAUAGUCAUAUUGUAAAAAAAAAAAAAAAAAGAUUAAGCUAUUAAAAUGUCGAUAUUGUUCUUAAUUAAAAGAAAAUACAAAAGCAAGUGAAUGGU